AGCCGGAGGAGGAGGGAGAGCUCUCCCAGCGAGCAACAAGUCUCUUUCAGCCAAACUGUGAAAUACUCUCCAGUUUACGCCUGCUGGGACUAAAACGGGACCCCUGUGUGUGAGUUCCCGGUCGGAUGUAGCGGCGGAGCGGGGCGGGCGGUGAUGGUAUCAUGGCUGCUGUGUUCACUGAGCUGCCCUCCUAGACUCCCCCGUCACACAGACUCGCUAAAGCCUGCGCUGCCGUAGGAUCUGCUCAGACACAGACGCUCAGCGCACCACGAGCGUGCGGGAUGACAACCUCCCAUCUUAAUGGCCACGUCGCCGGGGAGGGAGGAGGAGGAGGAGGAGGAGGAGAUGAAGAGCUGAGGGGAGGACAGCCGCAUCGGGAAAUGGCCGUGGACUGCCCGGGAGAGCUCGGCAGUCGGACGUUACCCGUCCGAAGAUCGGCACAGCUGGAGAGGAUACGGCAACACCAGGAGGACCUUCGGCGGCGUAGAGAAGAAGAGGGUCGCCAACUGGAUCUGAACGCCUCGCUCAGACUCAGGAAGCUUUCCCAGAACCCUCACAUCGGGAUCGACAACCCCACAUUCCUACAAGACACAUACAUACCGCAGCAGCCGGCGCUUGGCAGCCAGCAGACGCAGCCACCGCUGGAGUUGGAUGAGCUGCUGCUGUCGCUGAAGCAGAUCCGCGGCUGCCUGACUGACCAGCAGAGUCAGAAUGACAUAGAGCUGGUUCUUGCACUACUAAACAAGUCUGACUUCCAGUCGGCGCUGAAGGUCCAUAAUGCUGUGGCUGCCAGCAUGCACCGGCCGUCUCCCCCAUACCCACACACACAGCAGGCACUUCCUCUGGCCAUGGAGGUCAGGAAUAUCAUCCAGACAAGUCACAGUAAAGAAGGACUCGAACUCCACAGCCUGCUGUCAGACAUCCACAUCCAGUCGCUGCUCCUGGCCCACGACAGCGUAGCGGAGACGGAGAUGCAGCCGGAGUCGCUGCCCGCUGAAGGAGAAACGCUCACGCAGUGGGGAGGAGAGACGGUCAAGAUAGUCCGCAUUGAGAAGGCCCAGGACGUCCCACUGGGGGCGACCGUUCGGAAUGAGAUGGAGAGCGUUGUGAUCAGCCGGAUCGUCCGGGGAGGGGCAGCCGAGCGGAGCGGCCUUUUAUCUGAAGGAGACGAAAUACUGGAGAUAAACGGCAUCGAGAUCAGAGGGAAGGACGUCAACCAAGUCUUUGACAUUCUGGCGGACAUGCACGGCCUCCUGACCUUUGUGUUAAUUCCCAGCACUCAGAGCAAACCUCCUCCUGUCAAAGAGUCUGUGGUGCACGUCAAAGCACAUUUCGACUACGACCCCUCAGACGACCCUUACGUGCCGUGCAGAGAGCUGGGCCUGUCCUUCCAGAAAGGAGACAUUCUCCACAUUAUCAGCCAGUCGGACCCCAACUGGUGGCAGGCUUUCAGGGACGGGGACGAGGACAACCAGCCGCUGGCUGGGCUGGUUCCAGGGAAGAGUUUCCAGCAGCAGAGAGAAGCCAUGAAACAGACGAUAGAAGAAGACAAGGAGCCUGAGAAGUCUGGGAAGCUUUGGUGUGCGAAGAAGAACAAGAGGAAGAGAAAGAAGCUGCUGUACAACGCUCACAGGAAUGACGAUCUUGACAAUGAGGAGAUCCUCACCUACGAGGAGAUGGCGCUGUACCACCAGCCAGCCAAUAGGAAGCGGCCCAUCGCACUGAUCGGGCCGACCGGCUGCGGGCAGGUGGAGCUUCGGCAGAGACUGCUCAACAACCAAUCAGAUCGCUUCGCCGGAGCCGUACCUCACACGACACGGAACCGCCGAGACGGCGAGCUGAGCGGUCGAGACUACCACUUUGUUUCACGUCAGACUUUUGAGGCGGAGCUGGCCGCUGGGAAGCUGAUCGAGUCUGGAGAGUUUGAGAAGAACCUGUACGGGACGAGCACGGACUCGGUGAGGCAGGUCAUCAACACUGGAAAGAUCUGCGUGCUCUGCCUGCACACACAGGCUCUGAAGGUGCUGCGGAGUUCGGACCUGAAACCUUACAUCAUCUUCAUCGCUCCGCCUUCACAAGAAAGACUCCGAGCUCUGCUGGCGAAAGACAACAAGAACCCCAAGCCCGAAGAGUUGCGUGACAUCAUCGAGAAGGCGCGGGAGAUGGAGCAGAGCUGCGGUCACCUGUUCGACGCGGUCAUCGUCAACACGGACCAGGACAAAGCCUUCAACGAGCUGCUGCGGCUCAUCAACAAACUGGACACUGAGCCUCAGUGGGUUCCCUCCUCCUGGCUGCGCUGAACGCAACACACACACACACACACACACACUCACAGUGGCACACGCCAGCGGGAGAGCAGAGCCGCAGAGGCCCCACCCACUGCAGGCACGCCCCGCCACAGGUUAGGUAAAGCAGACGCUGAGACUCAGCUGGGAAGGAAAACUGUACGAUUCUUCAGUGUUAUUACAAAUAAGAUGGAAUAUUAGGCCUCUUUUUUUUUUCCUUUUUUUUUUUAGAAAAACGUCACAAGAGAAUCAUGAUGUUUCCAAAAUAAGUCAGGAGAAGAAAAUGUGUCAUGAUUCUAAUGAAAAAAAUGUGAAAGUGACUGAUGUUGUACUCCUAUGUGACAAAAGUUAGAUUGUUAUUACUUCAUGGAGCUGGCUGAGCUUCACUGUUUUCCUCCCUUAAAAAAAAACCUCAGAGCUUCAUCAUUAACCAGUCUGACCCGGUGACCUUUGGCCUUUCUCUUGUGAGUCGUUGGGAGAAAAACAAAGUCCGCCGUUUGAUUGAUCUCCCGCUUCCAAACACGUCCAUCACGUCUCUCAUAAGUUUUCAUUUCACAAAACUACAGAGCGCCUCUACUUCCACCUCUUGUCUCUGUAGUUCUCUGAAUAGGACAUUAUUUUAUCAGUAUACAUUUAUCUGUUAACAUUCAACUUGUUUCAAUCACAGAAUUCAACAUUUCAGUCUUUGGAUAAAUGAUCAGUUUAAUUUACUCUGAUUUCUCUGAAAAUAUACAAAAACUACAUAAAAAAAAAAACAGAACUAUGUUCAUAUAGAAGGAGACUGUUGUUGGUUUUAUUGAUUCAGCACUUAAGUUUUCAUAAUCCUCAGAUUAAAACAGCAUAUUUGUAAUACUGGCUGAUAAUAUGUUACACUGUAAUUAGACACCAGCCUCACCUGUAUCCAUGUUGCUCGGAGCGAAUGAAGCAGCCCGAGCCAACAGACAAAACUCGCCGUUUAAAUCCCCCCCCUUUAGGGAA